AUGGCCCAUCUUACUCGAGAAGAGUGCAACUCCAUCGACGAAAAUCCUCUCGGCGACUCGCUCAGCGGUGUUCGUGAGGCAUUGCGCGAGGCAGAGCGAAACACCUGCCGCGAAGCUUCUCAAUCAGAUGACAGCACAGGUGCGCCAGGACGGCCGCGCUUGUUCAUGGCGGCCAUAGGGAAGCUAUUCUCAAUACUGUCUGCAUCUGAUGUUUCGCUAGCACUUGCUUCCAGAACUGCUCGUGACUCCCUGUUCUCUGAUCUGGGAGUUGUCCGCACUCGUUUUCAAAAGGGGGACAUUGAGUACAAACAAUUUCGCCCGUUAUCGCAACUUGUGAUGAAGCAGGCGCCAGAUACCGAAAUCUGGGCUGCCGUCGUAGCUCUCGUGCGAUCAAUUUCUCACUCCACCCCACCACCGAGCCUCCCACCAUCCUUCGAAACCCCGAUAACCCAUUCAUCUGCUUCGCAGCAAGGGCCAGAACAGACGCGACGGAAGAUCGAGCCUCGCGUGUUCGAAGAGAUUCGCCACUGUACGCACCGUGCAGUAGAAGGUUUCCAUGAGAAAUAUUUUGAAAGACACAAAUGGAACAGGCGAGCCAAGCGAAUUUGGCAAAGCGUCAAGAGCCGCUAUAGCGAGAGCGAGAAGAGAUGGACACAAUUGCCGGACGCGGCCACCGAAGACGAGGUAUGUGACUGGUUACUCAACUUGCAGGAAGAGCUGCUGGCAACCGAACGAGCCGCAUACUUCAGAAGCAACGGAGGCAAUAAAGUUGGGGCUGAGGCGUCACGUCAACUGGAUCUUUUUGUCAAAAUGAAAAGAGUCGACGCAGCAGACGCGAAGCACGACUGGAGACACGGGAUGAUCGUAGGCGAGCUUAAGCAAUCCAACCAGACAAACAAGAGUCUAUGGCUUCAGAUAGGCAGUGCUGUGCGAAAUGUAUUCGCCUACCAGCCCACACGAUUUUUUGUGCACGCCUUCUCUCUUACUGGCACAGAAAUGGAGACAUGGAUCUUUGACCGGUCUGGGCCGUACAGCGGGGCUACGUUUGACAUCCAUGAGGAGCCCGAGAAGUUCAUUCGGGUCAUGUGUGGAUAUUUGAUGAUGAGUGACGAGGAGCUGGGCUUGGAUACCUUUACCAAAGCAAAAGACAACAAGUUGUUUGUCACCAUACCUGUUGAAACCCGCGGGAAGAAGCGGAAACAUCAACUCGAACUCGACCCCAACCCGAUCGCCCAUCAGCGAGCCAUUGUCUGUCGCGGCACGUCUUGCUUCCUCGCUAGGGCCGCUGGCGCAGGAGAUUUUGAUACAGUCGUAAAAUACUCUUGGACUUCUAAUAUGCGACCACCCGAGGCUGAUCUUCUUAACAAGGCAAACGAACGCGGCGUUAAAGGUCUCGCGAGAGUGGUUGGCUACCAUGAAGAAGUCACUACCAUAAGCAAGCUUCGUGAAGGUCUGGUCUUCUCGGCUCCGCAUAAGUUUCGUAGUGUGCCUGACAGUACCACUACAUCCUUUUCGCAAUCACAACCUCCACCGAGCCACUCUUUCAGCCAGUUUCACGGCCUCAGUAUCGCCAGCAAUGGAGACGGCAAGCGGAAGCUAACGGAUUGGUCAAGCCAUUCAUCUAAGAGAUCUCGGUCAAACAGCCAGCUUGCAGAGACAGAACAAGCAGAAAACGGGGUCACUUAUCCUGUUCAAGAACCGCAAGGUACUAGCCUUGUCCAGCAAAACCAGGCACCAUACGAUAACCGCAUCUUUCGCGUGCUGGCAAUUUCUCCGGCAGGGCGAUCCAUCAGCCAAUUCAAGUCUGUCGUCGAACUCCUUGAAAGUCUUCGUGACGCUAUCAAGGUUCAUCGCUCACUCUACAUGGAUGGCAAAAUCCUGCAUAGAGACAUCUCGGAAAACAAUAUAAUUAUCACCGAUCCGGGAAUGGCAGACGGCUUUAAGGGCAUGCUCAUCGACUUGGACUUGGCAAAGGAAGAAGGCAAGGGUCCUAGCGGGGCCAGACACCGGACCGGCACAAUGGAGUUCAUGGCAAUUGAAGUGCUCCUGGGAAUUUCGCACACUUAUCGGCACGAUAUUGAAGCCUUCUUCUACGUUCUCAUCUGGCUAUGCGCUCGCCGCGGUUGGGCAUUGGCUGGUGCUUCGAAGAAGCCGGCGACAAAGACCAUACUUUCGCACUGGUACACUGGAACCUACAAGGACAUUGCGCGGAACAAACGUGGCGAUAUGGAUAAAAAUGGCCUUGAAGCCAUAUUGAGGGAAUGUUCCCAAGUAUUUGAUUGUGUCAAGCCUUUGUGUAGGACAAUAAGAGAUGUACUGUUCCCGCAUAAGGAUGGUCUCUUCACCGGUACUCCACAGGAUCCGAAUAUUCUGUACGAUCCAAUCAUCAAGGCAUUUAAUGAUACUAUAGCAGGGAUAGGGCUGAGAGAGGCAAAUACGUGA